AUGAUUUUGGUUACUCUGUUGAGAACGGCUUGGAUUGCGGGGACUCUGCCCAUUUUACUCGCCUGCAUACCAUCACCCAAGCUCGAUGCGUUUCACAAUUUAUUGUCGGGGUUUGCUAAACGCGGCAAGACUAUGCAUUCUUCUUCACGCAAGUUCACAGUUCCUCAGAAAUUCUUUACUCACUUCUAUGUACUGGCAGUUAUAUGGACAAGUAUUCUUCUGGCUACAACAUGGCAUUAUGCAUAUAGAAUAACUCCAACAGUUUCUGAGACAUCACUAUAUUCUAGCAUUGCCAGCCACUUGACGGGAUCUUCACAUGUAUUUUCCUUGCAUAAAUCACAUUCAUCUUCAAGAGAGCACAAAUAUUGGGUUUGGCAAUCUGUAUUUAUGCUUUUGCUGAUGGAAGUUCAAGUAGUGCGACGCCUUUUUGAGACUAUAUAUGUAUUCAAGUAUAGUCCUUCAGCUCGGAUGCACAUUUUGGGCUAUCUCACAGGCCUAUUUUUCUACACAGCAGCUCCACUAUCCCUAUGCUGUAAAUAUGCCCCAGAGAUUUUCAAAUUUGUGGCCGAUUUAGUUGCAGAGUUUGUUAUCAAAGGGAAAGAUAGAAUGCAAGUCACUGAAUUUGAUUGGUGGGGACAUUUGAAUCCUCUCCUGCACCUUAGGUGGUACAUAUGGAUUGGUGGAGCUAUUUUCCUUUGGGGUUGGAUUCAUCAACACCGUUGCCACACCAUUCUUGGCUCACUGAGAGAGAACGAAGAACAAGAUGAUUACUCAAUUCCUAACGGUGACUGGUUUGAAUACGUAUCCUCUCCACAUUAUCUGGCUGAAAUUGUUAUAUAUACCGGAAUUGUGAUUGCUAGUGGGUGUUCAGACGUUACAAUUUGGUUACUUUUUGUAUUCGUGGUAGCAAAUCUUGCCUUUGCAGCCAAAGAAACACAUAAAUGGUAUCUGCAGAAAUUCGACAAUUAUCCCAAGGACCGUACUGCGAUUGUUCCAUUUAUUUAUUGA